AUGUCAUGUAUUAAUAACGAAUGCACUUCACAAAGACAAACUACAACUAAGGAAUUGUAUUUGCCACAAAGUAUUUGUAAUAUACUUUUUGAUGAAACUUGGUGGUCAAAUAUUGUAGAAUUAGCAAUGUUAAUGAAGCUGUAUUGUGGUGCUUUAGAUCAAAUGCAAGCUGAUAAAGCUAGAUUAUAUGAUAAGGUCUUAGCAUUAUCUCAAAUUCGAGCUGAUAUCCAUCAACAAGAAUGUAAAUUAAAAAGAGAAUGUGAUGAAAAAAAAACAACUGGUAUUAAUGUUUUUCCUAUUAAUGAAAUAGAAAAUCCAAAAACUUUGGAUAAUAAAAUCAGAAAUAAUAAAACAAACCAAAAUUUAGAAGAUUUAAAAUUAGAAGAAGGAUAUAUUACUACAGAACAAGACUGGUAA